UUAUAGGGCUUGAGUUUGACUCUCUUAGCUAUUGAAUUACUGUGCUUUAUAGAUGAAUGAAGCUCCCUAGAUUAAACAUUUCAUCCUUUCACUAAUGUUCGCUAUUGUUUUUAUUAUUAGUGGAUGCAUAAUGAGGCUGAUACAUUUGGUUUUUCGAUUUUUCAAUAGGAUAAAUGUUUUUGGUUUUGCCUGGUUAUUCAAGCAACACUUCUGUAAUUUUUUAUGAUGGAUGAUGUGUUAUACUGCUCAUAAAUUUUUUUUUAUUGCUCUUCAGAUUUGUUGAGGUAACAUUGAAGCUGGUCUAGUAAGCUUUAGUACCUUUCUUUUAAUUUAAACUUGAGAUGUUUUAGAAGGAUCCUUAACUGAUGCCUUAGUUAUUAUUUUAUAUCCCAUGUGAUUAUUGCUUUUUUUAGCAAGGUGAUCAGUCAAAAAGAAUUUUUACUUAAGGAGAGAGUACAAAAAAAAAAAAAAGAAAUUGAUGACUAAACUAUUAUUUUAUGUCCAGUAUUGCUAUUUAGCACUGGUUGUGCCUAGUAUCACCUAGUGGUUGUCUAUUGCGAUUAGUUAUCGAUAUUAUAUAAAAGUUGUUAUAUUAAAUUUUAUGGGACCUAAUACUUAAUUGCAGCAAUAGUAUUAUGAUCAAUGUUUUGCUCUUUUAGAAAGACUUUUAGGUUGGGUCUCAACAAUGAUGCUUAAAUUACUAUUUUUUGUCCCUUGAUAUUUGUUUUUUUUUUUAAUACAGUCAGCUUUAGGCUUAUUUUGUUGAAUGUGGGCCAUUUUAUGGUGUAUGUGCUGUGAUUGGAAACAAUUUUGAGGUUACUAAUUCCUUAUGGGUUGUUUGGUUACUCAGGAUUGGGAAUGUGAAGCCCAACCCAUGUUUGGUAUUAGAUUUUAAUUUUUUUAGCUUAGCUGGGGAUUCAUUUUACUAUGGGCUCAAAUAUCCACCUCUUCCUAACACAACACAACAGUUUCAUUUCUCAGCAAAGAAAGCUCACCGGACAGCAAGAACAACCAAGCCUAGCCUAGCCUAGCCUAGCCGCCUCUGCUCUUCAUCUCCUUCCUUCCAUCAACCAAUUCUUGCUAAAUCAGUUCUUGCUCGAGUUGAAAUUACAGCCUAACCUUCAAGCAGAGCAGGGGUUGGGGGCAAUGAUAUGUUUCAUUGACAUUUAUGGUGAUUACACUUUGAGAUUACGACCUUGCCUUCUUCUUCUUCUUCACCCCUCUGCCACCUGAAGUUGCUCAGACAGACCUCAACUCCUCCUUUGGCUGAAAUGGCUUUGGUUGUAAUAUGUGGCCAACCCUAUAGUGUAAAAUCCACAGCUGCUCUUUCUCUCUCCGAGGCUCUCAAACAAUCAGAGUCAGAUUCCAAUCUUACGGUAAAGGUAAUCUCUGAGACUUCCUUUCAUCUUGAUCGAAAUCAAAGUUAUGCAAACAUGCCUAAUGAGAAGAAUUUGAGGGGUGUUCUUAGGUCUGAAGUAGAUAGGUCUUUGACCAAAGACAAUAUUGUUAUAGUAGAUUCAUUGAAUAGUAUCAAGGGUUAUAGGUAUGAGCUCUGGUGCUUGGCCAGAGCCGCCGGGAUUAGAUAUUGUGUUCUGUUCUGUGAUGUUGAGAAAACCCUUUGUAGAAAAUGGAACGAAGAGUGCAGAGAAAAGGGUCAACCUUCUUAUGACGAUAAGAUAUUCGAUGAUUUGUCUUCUAGGUUUGAAACACUUGAUAGAAGGAACCGUUGGGACUCUCCUUUGUUUGAGCUAUGUCCUCACAAAGAUGGUGUUGACAAGUCUUCAACUGCCAUAAUUGAGGCUGUUUUGCACUUGACCAAAAAGAUUGAUUCCAAAACAAGGGAUGUUAAGGUUCUGCAGCCCACCAUUGCUACUCAGACUGGGAAGUUUUCCGAGGCCAAUUCCCUGUAUGAGUUGGAUAGAGCAACGCAGGAGGUGACCAGUGCCUUGGUGGAGGCUCAAUCUCAAGCUCUUGGAGGGCCUUUGAAUGGAGUUUCUCUCGGUCAAGGUUUGCCUGUUGUCAACAUAUCAAGGCCUGUUGGCUUGCUUGAGUUUCGCAGGCUCAGGCGAACUUUUAUUAAGUUGACGAGGCAAACGAGUUUGAGUGGGCCACCACCGCCUUCUGAUGCAGACAGUGCCAAAAGAAUGUUUGUAGAUUACUUGAACAGGGAACUAGGAAGCAAUCGAAGGGAGCAAGAGAAAUAUAAGCUGAAGAACGAUGAUGUGCUGUAGGCUUAUUUCUUCAUUUUCCCAUUCAACUAGUUUGAGAAUUUAAUAGGAAUUUUGUAUUUUUACUCAAGUGAUUCUAUUUAUAUGAGUGAUGCCUUUUGAAAGAGGCCAAAGAGCACCCUCAAGUUAGUAGGUAGAAACCAUAGCCAUAAGCUUUGAAAUGCUAAUGCCCUUUUUCUUCUCAAUUUUGCUUUAAUACUCAUUCCUAAAUGGGAAAUUUGAUUUUCUAUACUUAAAAAAUUCAAUUUUUUUUUUUUAAACCAAUACAUUUUACACUACAAAAAAGGGUCUUCUCCUAUACAAAAAAAAGCGGAGUGGUUGGGGAAGUUCUCGACCCGGUCGAAGUUCAUAAUCCUUUUUUUUUUUUUUAGAGAGAGUGGUUCGAUGGUCGGACCAUGGGGUCCGAUUGGUCAGACCCCAUGGUCCGACCAUCGGACUGAGCUUUUUUUUUCAUUCGUUUUCAGAGAGAGGAAGAGAGAGAGUGGUCCGAUGGUCGGACCAUGGGUCCGAUGGUCCGACCAUCGGACUGAGCCUUUUUUUUUUUUUUUUGUUUUCAUUCAUUCUCAAAGAGAGGAAGAGAGAGAGUGUUUGAGUUAUGAGGGGGUAUUUUUGGGGUUUUGAAAAAAGUGUCAUAUUUUUUGUAGUGUAAAAUGUAUUGGUUUAAAAUUUUUUUUUUUGAGUUUUUUAAGUAUAGAAAAUCAAAUUUCCCUUCUUAAAUUUUGAACUUAAAUGUCCCCUGAGAUUAUGCUACUUUGGCAAAUUGGUCAGCAUGAGGCUUAUUAUGUUGAUUGUUCAGUGAUUGUAAACAAUUUUAUUAUUGCUUUAAUUUCUUUAUUUUGAUG